AUGAAGAUCUCAUCUAGAUCAUUCCUCAAUCCAGCCAGGGCUGGGGCUUCUCGUGACUCACCACCGCUUUUCCUCUCAAACUCGCACAACCAUAGGCUCAGAAAUAGUCGUAGCAUCAAAGGCGGCGCGUCUCCCGCAAUGUUCCCUACCAUCGGUAAAAAAAGAGGAAGCAGUUUCGAAAACCCUGAACCAUCUUCCCCUAAAGUUACCUGCAUUUGUAUGAGGAAUAAUCAGAGAUGGGUUCAUUUACCAUUUACGAUUUGUGAAGGUUUAAGAGCGUUUGGGUCUGAGGGAGGUGAUGGAAGUGGAAGAGAUGCCAAUGGUGGUGAGAGAGUGGUUGAGUUAAUCGCCGGAAACGAUCAUGAUGAGAAUGAGGAAAUUGAUGAGAUGGGUAUUAUGAAUUGA